CAUUUAUACUUGAACAUCGACACGUCCUCUUUUAGACUUCGACAUACGAGAGUGACAGAGUCAUAUGACUGUCAAAAUGGCAGCUAUGCAAGCGUCCUUGGUUGUAGCGUCUGCUAUGUGUUUCUUCUAUUUGGUUUCCUGUGUAUCGUGGCCUGUUCCAUAUGAACGGCAGUCUUUUCGGCCAAAAGCAAAUCCUUAUUGCCAGGCAGGGGUGAUUCCAUUUUGUCCAACUGGUCGUCUUCCAAAUACCAUGCCAACAUUUGAUCCUAGUGAUACUUUUUAUGUUUAUGCAAUGAAAGCACCAGUAUGGGAAUUUAAGUUUGGCGACUUGUUGGCAAAAUUUCACAUCAUGCAUGAUGCCAUUGGAUUCCAUCACGUUCAGUCUGGUUUAAACCUAACCAUGGAAUGGUAUGAACUCUUCCAAUUGUUUAACUGCACUUUCCCUCAUGAGCUUGCCAAUGAAACACUUGUUUGGUGCAACCAAGGGGCAGCCUGCAUCUAUGAUGGCAUUGAUGAGAAACACUGGCAGCAGAAUGGCACUUUAGUUAAAGUAGCCGAGAUUACAGGAGACAUGUUUAAUAAGUUUGCAAACUGGACAGAGUGGGAUAACAACACAGGAAUAGUGUAUGAAACUUGGACUGUUCGAAAUGAACCGGAUGGUCCCUUGUGGUUUGAUUCUUGGGAAUGUGCCACCUGGGUGCUGAGGGCCUUUGAAACAUUAGGUAGCCUUGGCGCCAAAUUCAACCAUUCGGUCCAUCUGAAUUACACACGAAUGAACCUUUACAGCAAGGAGCCCCUGUAUCUUGGCAAUGCAAGCACAAUUUUUGGUGACCCACAAUAUAAGCAGCUGGCAGAGGAGAUUCUCAACUUUUACCGACUCUUUCAGUCCCACCAGACACUCCCAAACUUGCUUGUAUCUUUAAUAGAGGCCUUCACAGAAAUAGUAAUAGAAGGCAAAUUUUAUUUGUAUUAUAAUGAUGCAUACUGGCUGCUUCCAAUGGCAGAACCUUACUUUGGCCUGACAUAUGAGGAAACUCCUUUACCAUGAAUUUUAUAUACUUAAAUUUUAUCAGUAGGCAGAUCGGAGAACAUGCAAUAGAAGCAAUAUAAAAAUUCCUGUAAAUUGUCCAAUUCAGGAAAAAUAAUCUAAUCCAAACAUUAAGGCAUGAAAAAUUUGAGGAGACACUGUUAAUAUGUUUCUAAGUCAUAAUUAUAGUAUUUUAAUGUACUUUAAAUAAAUUUACUUAAGUGCAAUAUUCUACAGUUUACUCAGUUUUUUAUUUUCAUUUUAAAUUUUAAAAAGUGAUUUUGCACAAUACUUUCACAUCAUUGCACAUUGUUCUAUAAAUUCAAAAGUACGGUGUUUAAAAGAUGUUUCCUUAUGUCUUUGUCACAUAUCAAGAAAAGGGCAUUAUAAAUCCUACCUGAAGUUGUAUUUUGCAUAUAUCACAUUAAAUUAUGAACACAUUGGC